AUGUGUGGUUCACCAGUGUCUGGGCCACUGUUGGUCUUGUUUUUUCCCUUCAUUGUCGUUGCACAAACGUUGGAUACAUUUAGUCGUUUGGAUACUCGAAUCCGAGCAAAUAACGAACGCCUCGGAAAUAGGUGGCAUCAAAAACGACAAGACUGGAAGAAUCGUUUGUUGUUCCGAAAGCAAAUAAAAGCAGAGAGUAAAUUGAAUGAACAGUUGAAGAAAUUUCAAAACAAGAAUACUGAGUGGUUGGAGAAUGAAUCGGAACGAGAAGUUUCAGCUGUGGAUCCAUCUGAUCAAGAAGAGUCAACAAACGAAGAAGCUCAAGCAGAUGCAAUCUUAUUUGUUCAGAGAGCUGUUGUGAGAAGCUCAGCAACAGAAUUUGAAAAAGCACUCAAGGAUUUGGCUUUUGCACAAGAAUUGGACCCUUCUUUGAAAGACACUUACAUUGUAUUGUAUUUGGAAGGGUUUUGUUACUCUGCAUUAGGUCAAUAUUUUGACGCUGCUCACUCCUUUAAGAGAGCAAUUCAAUUGAAAGAGAAUAUGACAUCUGACUGUGUGGAAAAGUGUUUAGAACUGGAACGAAAGAUUUUCGAAAUUCAGACAGAGAUGAAACACAAAUACGAAAAGGCAUUGCAAUCGAUUGGAGAAGUAGCCGAAUCAACACGACAAUAUUUACACAACUCAAAAGAAUACUUGAAAAACAAGUGGUUCAGAAGAGGAAGCAAGUCACAGUCAGUGAAUUCAUCAGAGAGUGUGACUCAAGUGGAACCACCUAUCACUACAUCUGCUCCUCCCUGUGAAUCAGAUACCUCACAUCAACACUCAUUGAUUGCAUUAGAGGAAUUGUAUUUUCGAGCAGCUAUUGCCUAUUACUACAGUGCCUACUACUCUGACUCUGUCACCUAUUACACAAAAGCCAUAGAAAUGGUGUUGCCGAAUGAGGACAAGACUCUGUUGGCAUCAUGUUAUUACAACAGAGGUCUCUCACAUUAUUAUUCCAAUGCAUUGGACCACGCACUCGAAGAUUUCUUGAAUUGCACCAAAUUACAACAAAACAUUGACGCGUUGAAAAUGAUCGCAGCAACGUAUGGAAGAAAGGGAUGUCCCAAAGAGCAAUCAGAAUACAAGAAACAAGCCAAGUUGAUGAAUCCAUUGACAACAUUUGUUUCAGUAUUUCACUAUCGAUUACUCGAUGAAAAUAGUACACACUUGGUCUUUUCAUUCUUACCAAUACAUAGUCUCAUGUUAGUUGGAGGUACAUGUCGUUACUGGAGAGAAUUGGCCACCCAGAAUGUUGUACAAAGACCGUACUUGGAAAUUUCUUAUAAUAAUUUAAUUAACAAUGUACAAAAGCAGGUAGAAAAAGCAAACCAGUCCUCGUUGAAAGAGAAAUUGUUCUUGCCAAGCCCAGCCUACAAAACUAAUGAUGACUUGUUAGGAAUAGUGUUGAGUGCAUCAUUUUUCGACCUCUAUGACCAGCAAGAAAACAAGACUGUUGUCCUCAAGGAGUAUCCGUCUUGGCCUUAUUUUUAUAACAGUCCUCCAUGCGAAGGAUCUCGUUGUAACAGAUUUUUGAAAAGCAUAUCCACCUUAUACGUACGAUACGACUUGAUUCUCUCAUCCAGUGUUUUAGAUGAAGUGCUCAACCAUAGCCCUCGCUUGAAAGAAUUGGUGAUUUUCGAUGAUAGAGAUGAGACUUCAAUCUAUGACCUAGAUUCAUUAGACUUUUCUAAAUUCCUGAGAUUGAAAAAGAUCAUCCUCUACGUGAAUUAUCGAGCUGAAGAAUAUUCAACACAAUCUUCGAGCCCAAUUCCAAAGUUUCCUGAAUGUGUGGAGUGUGUAGAAUACCUAGUCACAUCAAAAGAAGCAUUGCAACAUGUGUUUGAAAAGUAUCCCAACAUCAAAUUCCAAGAGAUCAAAGAAGAUUAUUCCUACUUGAAGGAUUCCACUUCUGUGUAA